GACGUAAUCUUGUUGAAGUGUUAACUGUUUUAUGCUGCUCCGUACUCACAAAAUGUUAAUCUAGAAGUUAAAAUUUGAGUUCGCUUAAUUAUUUUUUUUACUAAUCAUACUUAUUAUACUAAUGAUAUCAUACAAUAUCCAGGCAUUUCUAUAGAACAUUAAAUUGAUUCAAAUUAUAACCUAUAUAAUUUUGGUUUCAAAUCUUCUUCUAGUGAUAGAUAGGUACUAUAAUUUACAAUUGGUUUUGAUCUUAAACCAAACUAAAUCGAUUAGGAUUUCUAAAAAUAUGACUUUUAUUUUAUGUAGUCAAUUAGAUGAGACCAAGAUUACAUUUAUUACUAACAUGUAUCGGCCGCGUGAAGGAUUAAGUCAAUAAAAUGUAUCUUAAAGAUUGUGAUAACUAUAGCUGUUUAUUAUAUCAGCUAUCAGAAAAAUUAGUUCAGUUUGGUGGCGAAAAUGGAACGGUUGGUGGUCUGCUUGCUUCUGGUUUUAGGUGCCGUCUACGGUCGCCACGAAAAAUAUGAAGGACAUCAGCUAUUUAAAGUUGCUGGUACAGCAGAAAAGAUAGCAGAAUUGUAUGAACAAUUAGAUAUUCUAACUGCUACGCCAUCAUCUCGUUCCGAAUCUGGUUACGUCGAGGCCUUGGUUAGACUGUCUCCAGAAGAAAGACUGCAAUGGCUGAAAUACUUCGACGCGAAUAGUAUGCCUGUCUCGAAAAUUGCCGACAAUCUUGCUGAAAUUAUGCGUGGUGAAGAAGCUAAAAUAAAGUCCAACAGAAUAGCAGCCAAACGAAGUGGUCGUUCAAUAAGUUGGGAUACAUAUUACAAUCACGAAGAGAUCAACGAAUAUUUGGAUGAAUUGGCAGCUGAAUACCCUGACUUAGUCACUGUCAUUAAUGCAGGUCUGAGUUACGAAGGCCGCCAGAUCAAAUAUGUGAGGAUUUCUACGACCAGGUUCGAAAAUCUCCAGAAACCGGUGAUUGUUAUUGACGCAGCUGUACAUGCCAGGGAAUGGGUCACUCCACCUGUAGCUCUGUAUAUCAUCAACCAACUAGUGGUAGCUGCUGCAGAUAGUGUUUUGACUGAGGGCAUCGACUGGGUCAUUAUUCCUCUUGCCAAUCCUGACGGCUACCAAUAUUCUAUUGAGGAGGACCGUAUGUGGCGCAAGACUCGUUCUCGCUCCCAUGCUAGUUCUGACGCGUGUCCCGGAGUUGAUGGCAACCGUAACUUCGACCACCACUGGGGAACCAAUGCAGCUGCUGCCAACCCUUGCGCUAUUAUCUUUGAAGGACCCUCUGCCUUCUCCGAGCCCGAAGUCCGUGUCAUCAGAGAUGUCGUGUUGCAACAAUUGUCUCGAACUUCACUGUACAUAUCUCUGCACAGUUUUGGCAAUAUGUUCCUUUAUGCCUGGGGCAAUAACGGAACUCUACCCGCGAAUGGGUUGAUUCUACAUCUGGCUGGAGUCACCAUGGCAACAGCGAUUGAUGAACUCGCCCUUGAUAAGGCGGACCCAUAUAUUGUUGGAAAUGCUGCAAACGUGCUGUACUACACAACUGGCACUUCUCGUGAUUGGACUCGUGCAGUCGGAGUGCCCCUAACUUACACCCUGGAACUCCCCGGGUAUGAAUAUGGAUUCCUUGUUCCUCCAGAGUAUGUUGAGCAGAUCGUCACCGAAACUUGGGCCGGUAUUGCCGCCGGAGCACAUUACGUUCUCAGUUCUUGGUAAAUAAUUAUGAAUUAAAGUGGGUAAAUUUUUC